AUGAGCUUUGGCAUUAAUAAAAAUUACGAGGACUGCUGGACUAAAGAAGACCAUAUUACUCUGCAUUUCAAAAAUGAGUACCGAAUAUAUCUAUAUAGAAUAUCAAGACAUACAGGUUUGCUCUAUCAAAAUUCAAUACCAUACCCAGCCACACGAUUGCUUGGCCAUUUCAACAAUGAUGCCAAAUUAAAACAAAAUGCAGAAUUAGAUCGUAUAAUUCUCGGCAUCCUAUUGAGGGUUCUUUUUACGAGGAAAAUGAACCUAAAUUCUCUACUUGGCAUUGGGCAUAAAGUUAAUGAAUCAAACUUUAAAAGUUUAUGUUCUGUUGGAGUUUUUGCUGUUUUGAUGGGGCAAUCCUUCUAUAAUCUUUUGACCAUCAUCAAGUCAAUACAGUCUUCAUUGGGACAGAGUCACAAAGAAAAAUUAAGCUGUCGUUGCUUUUUUGAAAGAAGUAACCUUUCACCGUUAGAUCUUCAAACUCCCACAACCUUUGACAACAACUACUACAAAAAUCUGAGAAGCCAGAAAGGACUUUUACAUUCUGAUCAGCAGCUUUUUAAUGGAGGUUCUGCUGAUUCUCAGGUGAAAACAUAUAGUACCAAUCAAAACACCUUUUUCACAGAUUUCGCUGCUGCCAUGGUGAAAAUGGGAAACAUCAGUCGUUUAACUGAUAGCAAUGGAAAGAUCCGGAAAAACUGUAGGAAGCCCAAUUGA